AUGAUUUUGCUACCGUACGCUUCUACACUGUACUACUUAGCCGUUGCCACAAACUUUGUGCAGGGUUAUAUUUUUUUUGCCGCCCACUUGGAUGACUUGAAGGAUGUUGCGAAGAAGUUGAUCCCUGUCACUGUCAGUUUACCUGGUCAAAAGGAGAACCCAGCGUCACAACUGGGUAAAACAAACGACGCAGCCAAUGAAGAAUAUGGCGAAGCGGUUAACUAUCCAGAAUAUAUGAUCGUGAACUAUCGCGACACAACAGCAGUCCCCGACCGCGUAGCCCACAUUCAGAGAAGCCAAGGUAGGAAGGUUUUAGCCGCGGAUAAACUGAACAUAGACAAACUCGCGAGGGAAAUCAAAGAGAGGGUGCUCAAGGAACUGGCCGACGAAUUCUUGCGCUUCAAACUCAACAAGAAGCGCAAAGAAAUCGCUCAAAAGAGCAAAUACAACGACCCGUCGAACGAACGCAUCGUGGAACACAUCGAAACUACACUAUACGUGACGACGAAGAAACCACCGAUGAGACAGACGAAACCAAAGAGUAAAGUCAAGAAGAGCAGGGACAAUUCAGCGGAGACAACGCCAAGCGGCGUCGUCGUUGACGACUUUGAGAUGGAGGAAACGGAACUCGGCGCGAGGACGAAUGACAGCUACGAGUAUUACGUCGCCCCGUCGAGGGACGAAAGCGUAUUCGUAACCGUAGCAAACAAUCCGAAAGUGUCGCGAAACACAAAGUUCCGGUACAAAAUCGAGACUAACAACGACGCGAACACUUCGCGCACCAAACAAUUCGGACGGCGGCCGAAACUCGACGUGAGCAACGAUCGAUCGAAGGGGAAUCCUAACAGGGCUAUUAUUGUGAAACGACCGACUACAGCCGGGUUGAAAUACGAAGGCGGCGAAACGCACAUACUCUCGGACGUGGAGAGCGAGGAGCGGCCGGCGCCGACCCAGAAGACAGUUAGACCAACGAGACCGCGGUUCAGCAUGAGCUCGCCGAACUACUACGCCAGCCUGCCAACUGUAGCAGAACGGUAUAAUUUCGACGAGCCAUUACCCGAAAGCGACAGACGCCCUUUAGAA